GCACACUCCGCCUUCUUUUCCGAGCAGCAGAGCCGGGCAGCUUCAGCAGUUCAGUCAGCCGAGCAGCACCACCACAACUUCAGCCAACAUGUCCAGGAAAUUCUUCGUUGGGGGAAACUGGAAGAUGAACGGGGACAAGAAGAGCCUGGGGGAGCUCAUCAACACCCUGAACAGCGCCAAGAUCAGCGGAGACGUGGAUGUGGUGUGUGGGGCUCCUACCAUUUACCUGGACUUCGCCCGCUCCAAGCUCGAUGCAAAGAUUGGUGUGGCUGCACAGAACUGCUACAAGGUGGCCAAGGGUGCCUUCACCGGAGAGAUCAGCCCUGCCAUGAUCAAGGACUGUGGCGUGGAGUGGGUGAUUCUGGGACACUCUGAGCGGCGUCACGUGUUCGGAGAGAGUGAUGAGCUGAUUGGUCAGAAGGUGGCUCACGCCCUGGAGAGUGGUCUGGGUGUGAUUGCCUGCAUUGGAGAGAAGCUGGACGAGAGGGAGGCUGGCAUCACUGAGAAAGUCGUCUUCGCACAGACCAAAGCCAUCGCAGACAAUGUUAAGGACUGGAGUAAAGUUGUGCUGGCGUACGAGCCUGUCUGGGCCAUCGGCACCGGCAAAACCGCAUCUCCACAACAGGCUCAGGAGGUCCACGAUAAACUGAGGCAGUGGAUGAAGACCAACGUCUCUGAGGCUGUUGCCAACUCUGUUAGGAUCAUCUACGGAGGCUCGGUCACUGGGGGAACCUGCAAAGAGCUUGGCUCCCAGAAGGACGUGGACGGUUUUCUGGUGGGCGGAGCUUCACUGAAGCCAGAGUUCGUGGACAUCAUUAACGCAAGAGCAUAAGAAGUUCAACGUGGAAUCGACAGAGGCCGACUGGACCCGUCUCCCACCAUUCUGCCCCCAGCACUUGGAUCCCAUUCGAACUUUUAAUUUUUCCGAAGUGUUCUUGUGAUGUCGCCGCAUCCUUGUCCUUUUUAUCGGUUGUGUGUGUUUUGUGUUGUCGUUUGAAGACAUUUCGGUAUAAGGCACUUACAGUGAAGGUAGUGUUAGGACACUGAAGGGAUGUAAUGUUGUGUAUAGAGUGGUGAAUAACUAACACUCUACACUGCUAAAACAAACUACUUACCUUAGAAUAACCAGCACAGGGCUUUCACAGGCCACGCCUUUACUUGAACAAAUGUUUACCAACCUCCUUUUACAUACGGUUUCAGCUCUAGGAUGAAAAAAAAAAGCAAGCCAAUCACUGAGUGUCUUUUUUCCCCCCCCAUGUGUUUUGUGCAAUUUUUCAUUACAGUGUUCCUUGUCUUACCUGUUUAUUAAUUUAAUACUGUACCAACCAGUUUCUGGCCACUGUGGCUAGAGGUUGUUCCUUAAAUAUCAAGCAUGGUGCCAUGGCCAAUGGUAUUACAAGGUAAAGCAAGUAGGAACAUGGUAAUAAAUGUUAGAAGAUCUCCAAUGCUAAAA